AUGUCGCCUCCGCUUACAGCAGUUUAUGCAACCUCGUUCAGUGCUAGACCCUCCACCGAGCUCGGUCACAGCGACCCUGCUCCUGAUGCCGAACGAAUCAAGCCCAAGCGUUCCUCCAGCUUUGGUCGUGGCCUUGGCCAGCUCGCCUCUCUCGCCAGCACCAAGCCCAAGACUGUCGACCUCAUGUCCUUUGGUCGAACCAAGUCGGGUGCUUCAACUCCCCAGCCCCCCGUCCCUAGCAGCAACACCACGGACAGUGUCACUGCUGCCGCUACCAUCCUCGCCAAUGGAGGCCCCAACACUUUCAUGGAUCCACCUUCGACUCCCGACCCUUCGCAUCUCACUCAGUUCUCUCUCCAGCUGAGCGACCUCGUUAACAAGGCCUUUGUUCCAUGCACUGCUGGAAACACCCCUGCCGCCAGCACCACCUCGGUCGCCUCCAACGUUGCAGCUGCUGCCAAGGGUGCCACCACGCCCAAGAUCAACCAGAUCACCUAUGAUGGCAAGCAUCUUCCCGACAAGGCCAAGAUCAUCGAGAUCGCUCAGACCGUCGUCGGUGAACUUCGAUACGCCGAGGCUGUCGAUGCCUACCUCCUGCGUGCCGUCUCGCGCCAGAUCCUCAAGGCACUUACCCUAUUCGCUGCUCGCAUCGACUCGCUUCUGGUCUCGCCCACCAAGGACCCUGGCGCCCUUCGCAUCCCCACGAACGCCAAGGAAGGUCUGCAUCUACCUGCCGCGAUGGAGUUCAACCUCGGCCUAGUCACGCUCGAAUGGAUCGUCGAGGACAGUCUCGAGCGCUGCAUCGAAGGAGACCGUGACGCUCACGGCGAGCUCAUCGCUGACGAGAAUGGUGCAGUGCAUGACGGCAUGCCCAAUUUCGUCUCGGAGAUCCUCACGCCCGUCCGCAAGAGGAUGGAAGGCACCAUCUUGCACAUCAUCCAGCCCAUUCUUGCUCAGACCAAGCUGUCCAUGGCUCGAUGCAUCUCCACUGCCGUCCCUACUCCUUUUGUCAGCCCUGUGACGCUUUCGCCCGCGACCACUUCUGGAAGCGCUACAGCUGCUGCUGCCCUUGAUAGCCGCUCUGUCUCGCCUCCACUCGCAGCUGCUGUCACCUCUGCUGCCACGCCAGGCGCCGCUGUCUCUGGCAACGUCUCACCUCUUCGCCUCCCGGAGACUGGUCCUGGCUCUGCUUGGCUCCGCGACCUCGAUGCCCGCCUUGAAGGCGCUCGCAGGCUGCUGCUGCCUCGCAUCGAGGAGCGAUGUGGCCAGGACGGCGAAGGAUGGUUCAUCUCGGUUGCCAUCCACAUCAUUUGGAAGGGUCUUCUGAUUCUCACUUCCCGCUCCGUAUCGCUGCCUAGCAACGCCGCCUCCGAGCUCCUCACUGGGAGCAACGCUGCUAGUGCCUCUGCCUUUGACCGACUGCUUGGCGAGGUCAACCAGAAGCGCAGCCCUUCUCCUGCUCAGCUCGCUCAUGCUCUCAAGUCUGUUGGUGUCGGAUCUACUCGUAGCAAAAGUCGCAGCACCGAUCCUCUGGGUCAUCCCAACGACUCGGGUCGUCAGAGCCCUUCACACUGUGCUGCUUCGACCAUCGCUCCCUUCUCGCUAGUCAGCGCCCGUCUCUGCGCUCAUCAACUUGCCGAGUUGCAGACGUUCGAGAAGCUCAUGCUUCGCUUCUGUGACGGCUUCCUGCGCAGGCCUGGUACUCAAACCAAGAAGCUUGGCAAAGAGUCGAAGCGAUCGCGCUUCGCCCUCUUCUCGUCGGGUAGCAGCAGCUUGGGUGGUGCUAACCAACCUCUCGAUCUCUCCGCUUACGACCCUGACGAGGAAGACGAGCUCGCCCGUGCCGCUUUGGCGGAAGCUAUGCACGCUCUGCGAAGUACGAUCAUCGUAUUGCAGUCGCUUGAACGCGAGCCUGGCACCAUAUGCGCUGCUUUGGAGCACCUAAAGUGUCUCCCAGGUGCUCAGGAUGGCGUGAAGGUUGGAGAUGCUGCUUUGAGCAACACUGCCACUUCCAACGCACUGGGCACUGAAGCAGCCAAGGCUCUGGACGCAAUCCCCAACCUGCUUCUUCUGCAGACCCUCUACAACCGUCUUCCGAUGGGUGCUGGGCGUCUUGAGCUCCCCUCUCCUCCUGCUUUGUUUGGCUACACUUGGACCGAGUACGAAAAGGCCAUUGCUGGCUUCGCUGGAGGCGAGCAGUGGGCCCAGGCUGUUGCGCUGCGUUACAAACCUGAGAUUGAAAAGGCUUGGAGGUCGAUUGCCGUCCGAAUGGAUGAAAAGCUAGCUGCGUCGGAGCACAAGCUUGCUGGUGCGAAAGCGAAUGGAGGAGCAGCGAACACUUCUCGUACCGUGUCAGGUUCUUCCGCUCGUGCAGGAUCGGGUCUUGCUCGUGGUGGAUCGCUUCACUCCAGCUCCGGAGAAGAGGAGGAGGGCGAUGUGCCAGAAGUAAUGUCUCAGUCCGUACCUGAGCUUAAGAAGCCCAACGGCACUACCUCCCGUAGCAGCGAAGAAGCUCAACCAAACGCGAGCUCUGUAGACGUUCGAGGUCGACCAUCCCCCACUCAUUCCCCUAGACGUAGCUCGACAUUAGCUCAUCCAGAAAUGGCGCCCUCUGCCACUGUUCAACCUCUCGCCGCUGCCAGCACAGCUACUCAACCCCGCUUCUGGCGUCGUAGCACAUCAACCGCACGCAGCGGAUUUCAUCUCUCCUUCUCCGGACUGCGUUCGCAAUCUCCUCGUGCUGGAACUCUUCCCACUCCGCCAACUACGACCUCGCAAACCGCUGACCCACUAGCUACAGCUAGCCCAACAGGUAGCGCUUCAGGUUCGAACACCAACCUUGCCUCAUCCACUACCGCUGAUUCGCCCCCUAGAACAGCAGCUGGUUUAUACGCCGAACCGACAGAAGAAGGCGGAAUGAGUGAGGAAGAGCAGAAAAUCCACCUGGAAGCCAAAGUGGAGCGAAAGAGUCUUUGUGUCUUUGCUAAAGCACUCGUUUAUGCUGGUAGGGGACAGGUUGCUAUUGAGCUUCGCUAA